AACACCUUGGGCCUCUUAUAUCAUUUAGUCAUCAUAUUGGAAUAAGCUUACUGUAGUUAGCUAAAGAAUCAUCAUGAAGAGUCUUCAAGUAGCACAAGACCCAGGGAGUCCCACUGAUAGAAUAGAUCAAGUUUCAGACAAAAGCAUUGUAAUUCCCAACAAACUCAUCACAAUAGCUGAUAGCUUCAAAGGGGAACAUUCAUGGUUCAUUGCUCCUCAAAUCCCAUCAGACUUUUCAAUUCAAGUCCAGGAAACCACUUAUAAUGUUCACAAGUACCCCUUGAUAUCAAAAUGCGGCUACAUAGGACGAUUGGAAGUUCAGCCUUUGAUCUCAAAUUCUGGCAAUGCUCUCAAGCUCGAAAAUUUCCCAGGUGGGUCUGAAACAUUUGAAACAAUUCUGAAGUUCUGUUAUGGCCUCCCUAUAGACUUCAGUCCAGACAACAUAGCUGCACUAAGAUGUGCAUCAGAAUUCCUAGAGAUGACUGAAGAAUUAGAAGAUGGAAACCUCAUUUCGAAGACUGAAGCUUUCCUCACCUUUGUUGUGCUUUCUUCAUGGAAAGACACCAUCACUGUUCUCAAAUCUUGUGAAAACCUAUCUCCAUGGGCUGAGAAUCUCCAAAUUGUAAGGAGAUGUUGUGAUUCCAUUGCAUGGAAGGCUUCUAAAGAUGAGCCAACAAGUGAGGAUGCAACAACUAAUCAAGAAAGUUGGUGGUUCAAUGAUGUGGCCACCUUCCGCAUUGAUCAUUUUAUGAGGAUCAUUUCAGCAAUAAGGGCAAAAGGAACCAAGCAAGAGACCAUUGGUAAAUGUAUCAUGCAAUAUGCCAAGAGAUGGCUACCUGGAAUGGAUGUGGAGUUAGAAGGGUUAAGAGGGUAUGGGCAUGAAAAGAGUAACCUACAGUUCAGUAUUUUUAGUGGGAAGAAGAAAGAAAGCACUGGACACAGCAAGGAGCAAAGGGCUAUUAUUGAAAGCCUAAUAAGCAUUAUUCCUGCUCAACAAGAAGCAGUCUCAUGUAAGUUCCUGUUGCGGAUGUUAAAGAUGGCCAUGAUGUAUUCUGUAUCACCAGCUCUCACAACAGAUCUUGAAAAGAGGGUGAGUAUGGUGUUGGAAGAUGCUGAGGUGAAUGAUCUUCUAAUUCCAAGAUAUCAAAAUGGAGAUCAAGGAAAAACGGUCAACACGACUAAUACCUCUGAAGAAUGCACCAUGCAAGACAUAGAUGUAGUGCAACGAAUUAUUGAAUACUUCUUGAUGCAUGAACAACAGCAGACGCAACAUCAACAAAAGUCUAGGAAAUUCAAUAUCAGUAGGCUCUUGGACAACUACCUAGCUGAAAUUGCAAGAGAUCCAAAUCUUUCAAUUACUAAGUUCCAAGUUUUAGCUGAAUUGCUACCUGAAAAUACUCGAUCAUAUGAUGAUGGUUUAUAUAGAGCCAUUGACACCUACCUCAAGACCCAUCCUUCACUGACUGAACAUGACCGUAGAAGACUCUGCAAAAUAAUGAACUGCGAAAAACUCUCACUUGAUGCAUGCAUGCAUGCUGCACAAAACGAGAGAUUGCCUCUAAGAACUGUUGUCCAGGUUCUAUUUUCAGAGCAAAUAAAGAUGAGAGCAGCAAUGCAAGAAAAGGAGCCAGCACAAAGUGGAAUCCAAUCUGAACAGGAAGGAAACCAGACAUCCGCAACUAUGGACAUUAAAGCACUCAAAGCAGAACUAGAGAGUGUAAAGUCCAAAAUGGUAGAACUGCAGAAUGACUAUUUUGAAUUACAACAGGAAUAUGAAAAGUUAAGCAACAAGCCAAAGAAUUCAUCAGGCUGGACUUUAAAUUGGCGGAAGAUUAAGAAUUCCCUUCAUAUAAAACCAACUGGAGUUGACAUUGGAGACAGAAAGGAUUCACCCAAAUCACCAAAUACCACUCUACGUAGAGGAACCCCUAGAAGAAGGCUCUCCAUGUCUUAAAGUAUUCCAUUUUUUAACAUAAAAAAAAAUCUGUAGUAAAAGCACCUACCUAGCCAUUUUUUAUAUGAAGCGUAUAGUCUAAAUUUUGUAUCUUAAGAUAUUGUUCACUUCAACACAGAAAAGUUCCU